CUUUAUUCUUCCCAAAACACGAAAACAUGACCAUUUGCCGUAACUACGCAUGCGCCAUCUUGGGCGCUUUAAACAAGUAUGCAAGAGUGGAACAUGAACAUACUAGGAAGAAGACUGAUCCAGGCUCAAUGAAACAGGAAUAGGCAUCAAUGACACUUGACUGCUUUGCAGAAUAAGCAGCUAUUCUGUAAUGCUAGUUCAAUAACACCUGAGUUGUAUUCGCCAUGACUAUGAGAUCCACUUUGUUCGCUAAUGCAGGAUUUAAGCUGGACACUGAGAGAAUUGACUUUGACAAAUCACAAGUUGGAAAUGCAAAUGUUGUGAACUCCAUAACCAUCAAGAGAGAAACCUGUGACUUUGUCAUAGAUGUCCAUGACGUACAUGGGGACAUCCACAACACUGGAGGGGAGAACCUCAGCAAAACUAAAAUUCUAGACCAGAAAUACAUAAUUCGGGCCCCAGUGGUGGCUGCACAAAAUAAAGCAGGAGGGGCACUGGUUCAAGGUGACAAUUGGGAAAGCACAGGGGUGCCGUCAUCCUCUGUCAGACAAAUGGGGGGUGAGGGAAUCCCAAUGAAAGGUAAACACUUUCUGAGUGACGGUAUGGAUAAUAAAGAGUUGGUUUCAAACAAUAACUCCAAGGAUGCUGGUACUGAUGAGAGCACCAGAGGGGUCUCCCCUGGAGGAGUUGUCAACACUGCAUCCAUUGAGUUCAGCACAGAGGGCAAGUGGAGGAACAUCAGAAAAACCCCUUCUAACCCCCACACACAGGCCACCUGCCUCCGGCAGAUUCUCCUCCUUCAGCUGGACUUGAUUGAACAACAGCAACAACAGCUGCAGUCCAAGGACAAGGAGAUAGAUGAGCUGAAAGCAGACAAGGAGACGUUGCUGGCGCGUAUUGAGCGCAUGGAGCGUCGCUUGCAGCUGACGAGGAAGGACCCACGUGAUAAGCGCCUAUUUCAGCCACUAGAGCCCUGGACCCCAGAUAAAGAGGACCUGUGGGAUCUAGAAGUGUGUGACAGCCCACAGACUCCCACCCCCAGGACAAUCCCCUUCAGUCGAGGCGGCAAAGGCCUCAAGAGGAAAUUUUGCUUCCUGGACUCAAAAAUCCAGAAGUCACGAGGAGGGAAAGGCUCUAAGUUCACCUCCCCGAAGUCAGAGUGUGGAGCUGGCUCACCAUAUCAGAGGGAGCUGCGCAGUAAAGAGACCCCAGAGAAGAUGGGGUUUGGUCGGUCACCGGUGGAGAGGGAUACUCUGUACCCGAGCAAAGAGGACCCGGAGCGCACCGAUCAGAUGGAGGAGCUCCCUUUCAUGUCUACUACUGAGAUGUACCUGUGUCGCUGGCAUCAGCCGCCCCCCUCCCCCCAACGUGAGCCAUCCCCAUCCCCGAAGAAAGAGGAGGUUGUAGCCAUUCCAUCCUGGAAGGAAAACAGUAUGGAGCCCUUGGAUGAGGAGGCUGCCAGUGACAUCCCAGAGAUGUUGGACGACAGUGUCUUUUUGAAGCGCCAUGCAAAGCUGGAGUUGGAUGAGAAGAGAAGAAAAAGAUGGGACAUUCAGCGUAUCCGUGAGCAGCGCAUGUUUCAGCGCCUCCAGCAGCGCAUGAACAAGAAGAAGGGGAUCCAGGAGAGUGAGCCAGAGGUCUCCUCAUUUUACCCGGACACUGAGGAUGUCGAGUCCAUAAUCAUCACCCCUUUCCUGCCUGUGGUGGCCUUUGGCCGGCCAUUGCCGAAGCUUACCCAACAGAACUUUGACCUGCCUUGGCAGCGAAGCCGCUGCCGCAUCGAGGUGCCCAAAAAACACACGCCACACCGUACCUGUCGGAAGUGAGGUGGUAUCUGCGUGUGUUAAGCAAAAGAGAGCCCUCUUCUCUCCCCAGAAAGGUUCUCUUUUCUUUUGUGGGAUUAGGCUGUCACUGGCGUAGCAUGCACUACUCUCAAUAGUCUGUGGAAAAGUAAACCAUUGUCCUCCGUGUUGUCACUUGCCAGCUGUCUUAGAGAAGGAGCUGCUGUACAUUGGGAAAAUGGCUACCAAAUUUGUUAGCUAUGGUACAUUUGUUGCCCAUGCUACUCAAACUGAAAGAAAAGCUGUACCCCUCCUCAGAUAACAGUCCCCCUACUAACAGCUAAGUGAUUAUAAGGUAAACCACAAUAGUUACUUAGUAUGUCUCUACUGUAGCAAUUUAGUAAUAAGCACGUUCUGUGAAGCAUAAUUGGGGAGCACAUGUUCUAAUGUUUUGGAAUUUGGUGUAAUGUACCUAGUCAUCCUUAAUUACUGCAUCAUCACUAAAAUGUGUAGCUUUUGAUCAUUACUACAUUAUUACAUAGUUGUCACCUGACUGAGUAACUUGGGGACUGUGAUCUAAAGGGGAAGAAGAGAAGUGGCGGUUUUCUGAUUUGACUGAAUGGCAGUGCUUGAAUUGUACAAUUUACAACUAACCCUGUGCGCUGGAAGCACCAUUGGCGUUUACAUGCUCUGGGUUUUGCUUUGAUUGAAACUGUAAUAAAUUUUUCCUGUUUGUGUAUUUACUGUAAUAAUAGUUCCUUAUGUGGACACCGCUUCAAGCGAAAGGUUUUAUCAUUGUGCACUAAAGUGUGGAUAUAAGGUGUUUGAUCCUUUCUCGGCAUGUAUGUUUUUUUUAUUACAAAUGCAGUAAAUAUUCGAUUUUAAAAAGUCCUCCUCUGAUGCAAAAAUUAUUGAUAUUCUGCGUUGUCCAUACUUUGCUUCAUGAAAACAAGUUUGUUUGACAGCUUCUUGGUAGACAUUGGCUUUUCAAUUAAUUUGAGAACCUUUGAUCUUCUACAGUAUGCUUCUUUGUUCUGUUUUCAUAAUUUUAUUAUGUGAGUCUGCAUGACACAUUUGGUCCAAACGAUAUCAACUAUUACCACGGUAGAGCUGUAAAUGAAACGACAUCCUUUCCACUUAGUGCAAUUCAGAGAAGAGAAAUAACAUCUGUUUUGAAUUUCAAAAGCAUGACAAUUUGGCUGCUUUAUUCAAAAAGCACUGCUUUGUUCAGACAACUGCCUUGUCUCCAGCCCAUUCUCUAAUGUGAUGAAUUUGCUUGAGUUUUACAUUUUUUGGUGUAUUUUUCCAGUACAUCAGAAUACGCUUACUUGUAGUAGAUAAUAGAGAUAUAGACAUCAGUCCUAUGGUGAAGUUUAGAAAACAUGGGUUUUGUUGGCAUUAGAGUUUAGCCUAAUCAGCUAGAGCACUCAAACUUAAUGCUAGGUGUUUUCCUUCUUAAAUUCUAUCUAUAUUUAACAAUCUUGGUAACUGCCAAAAUAAAGGAAACACCAACUUAGUGUCUUAAUAGAGCCUUUUGCCAGAACAGCUUCAAGGCACCUUGGCAUAGAUUCUAUAUGGCUGUUUACACAGGCAGCCAGAAUUGUGAUCUUUUUAUACUAAUUGUUCUUUUGACCAAUCACAUCAAAGAAUUUUCACAUCAACUAUUUUUCAGGGCUGAUCUGAUUGGUCAAAAGACCAGCUAGUGAAAAAAAUAUUACGGUUGGACUGUGUGUGCUUAAUGCAGCCCAACUGUCUGGAGCUCUAUUGGAGGGAUGUGAUGGCAUUCUUCCACGAUAAAUUCCCUCAUUUGGUGUUUUGUUGAUGGUGGGAAACGCGGUCUCAGGCGCCGCAACAGAAUAUCCCAUAAGUGUUCAAUUGGGUUUACAUCUGGGGACUUCAACAGCCAUGGCAUAUGGUUUACAUCAUUUUCAUGCGCAUCAAACCAUUCAGUGACCACUCGUGCCCUGUGGAUGGGGCAUUGUCAUCCUAUGGGGAUUUAGCCAUGGUAGCUAAAAUAAUGGCCUGCCCAGAAUUUGUAUACAUGACCCUAAGCAUGAUGGGAUGUUAAUUGCUUAAUUAACUCAGGAACUACACCUGUGUGGAAGCACCUGCUUUCAAUAUACAGUACUUUGUAUCCCUCAUUUACUCAAGUGUUUCCAUUAUUUUGGUAGUUACCUGUAGCUCCUGGUGAUGUGUUAUCGCUUAAACAUUUUACUUUUGGCACAAUGGCCUCCAACGCUACAGACCACAAAAUACAGAGUGGUUUUCAAAUGAUGUGAAAUUAGUCUUCAGAAACAAAUGUAAAUAUAAAAACAUGGCUGUUUUAUUUUUUUUUAUUUAAACGUUCAAGUGUUGAGUACAUUCAAUAUUAUUGUUCUAUGAUAAUGAUUGUAUGUUGACAAUAAUUGACAAGUUUGUUUUGGAAUAAAACAAAAAACAUCUAACAGUUAA